CAAGUGGAUCCAAGAUGGCGUAGAAAGUAAUGACAGGAAUUGGAUGAAGUAAUUGAUCACUAAUGAACUACAGUGCUGGUGAGAUGUGUAAGAAAUUAUAAAGAGCUCUGAUGGGCUAUUUGGGUGAUACCCAGUGCAGUGAACUGCAGGAUUUUUGUCCCUGAGUCAUGGAAGACAGAAGAGCUGAAAAGUCAUGUGAACAAGCAUGUGAGUCACUGAAGAGGCAGGACUAUGACAUGGCCCUCAAGUACUGCACAGAGGCCCUCCUUUCUCUCGGCCAGUACUCCAUGGCAGACUUCUCAGGGCCAUGUCCACUGGAGAUAGAACGCAUCAAAAUCGAGAGUCUUCUUUACAGAAUUGCCUCAUUUUUGCAACUGAAAAACUAUGGACAAGCUGAUGAAGAUUGUAGGCACGUGCUGGGAGAAGGACUGGCCAAGGGAGAGGGUGCCUUUCGGACGGUGCUUUGCUGCAUGCAGCUGAAAGGAAAGCUCCAGCCUGUAUCCACCAUCCUUGCCAAGUCACUGACGGGAGAGUCCCUGAAUGGGAUGGUAACAAAAGAUUUGACAAGAUUAAAAACUCUUCUCAUGGAAACAGAGACAGCAACUAGUAACGUCCUCUCUGGAUAUCAUGUGGAAGACUUUGAUGAAGGGUCUUGUAAUGGUUGGCAUUUCCGCCCACCACCUAGGGGAAUCACAAGCAGCGAGGAAUAUACUUUGUGUAAAAGAUUUUUAGAGCAAGGAAUCUGUAGGUAUGGUGCCCAGUGUACUUCAGCACAUUCCCAGGAAGAACUAGCAGAAUGGCAGAAAAGAUAUGCUUCACGGUUGAUAAAAUUGAAACAACAAAAUGAGAAUAAACAGCUCUCAGGCAGUUACAUGGAAACCUUGAUAGAAAAGUGGAUGAAUUCAUUAUCUCCUGAGAAAGUGCUUAGUGAAUGUAUAGAAGGAGUAAAGGUGGAGCAUAGUCCUGACCUGUCGGUUACUGUCAACACCAAAAAGUCUCACCAGACAUGGACCUUUGCUCUCACUUGUAAGCCUGCAAGAAUGCUGUAUCGUGUAGCAUUGCUUUAUGAUGCUCAUCGUCCUCAUUUUAGUAUCAUUGCAAUAUCUGCCGGAGAUAGUACUACCCAGGUAUCACAAGAAGUCCCAGAAAACUGUCAAGAAUGGAUAGGAGGAAAGAUGGCCCAAAAUGGAUUAGAUCAUUACGUGUAUAAAGUCGGGAUAGCAUUUAACACAGAAAUAUUUGGAACUUUUCGCCAAACCAUAGUUUUCGACUUUGGAUUGGAACCAGUACUCAUGCAAAGAGUAAUGAUUGAUGCAGCUUCUACAGAAGAUCUUGAAUAUCUGAUGCAUGCAAAACAACAGCUAGUAACCACUGCUAAGCGUUGGGAUUCUUCUUCUAAGACUAUUAUAGAUUUUGAACCUAAUGAAACUACUGAUUUGGAGAAGAGCCUUCUUAUCAGAUACCAAAUUCCUCUGUCUGCUGACCAGCUGUUUACCCAGUCGGUUUUAGACAAAUCAUUGACCAAGACCAACUAUCAGUCGCGGUUGCAUGACCUUCUUUAUAUUGAGGAGAUAGCCCAGUAUAAAGAAGUCAGCAAGUUCAACCUUAAAGUGCAAUUGCAGAUUCUAGCAAGCUUCAUGCUCACUGGAGUUUCUGGAGGUGCAAAGUAUGCUCAGAAUGGACAACUUUUUGGGCGUUUUAAGCUUACUGAAACACUUUCUGAAGAUACUUUGGCUGGACGACUGGUGAUGACCAAAGUCAAUGCUGUUUAUUUAUUACCAGUCCCUAAAGAGAAGUUAGCACAGACCCAGGGAACCAAAGAGAAGGUUUAUGAAGCUACUAUUGAAGAAAAAACAAAAGAAUAUAUAUUUUUAAGGAUAUCCAGGGAAUGCUGUGAAGAACUUAACCUUCGGCCUGACUGUGACACACAGGUUGAACUCCAGUUCCAGUUGAAUCGAUUACCCCUCUGUGAAAUGCACUAUGCACUAGACAGGAUCAAGGACAAUGGCGUCUUGUUUCCAGACAUCAGCAUGACUCCCACCAUACCGUGGAGUCCCAACAGACAAUGGGAUGAACAGUUGGAUCCUCGACUAAAUGCAAAACAGAAAGAAGCUGUUCUGGCUAUUACCACUCCACUUUCCAUCCAGCUCCCACCUGUCCUCAUCAUUGGGCCCUACGGGACAGGCAAAACAUUCACUCUAGCUCAGGCCGUCAAGCACAUUCUGCAGCAGCACGAGACUAGGAUUCUCAUUUGCACCCAUUCUAAUAGUGCUGCUGAUCUCUACAUAAAGGAUUAUUUACAUCCAUAUGUAGAAGCAGGCAAUCCCCAGGCAAGACCUCUCAGGGUUUAUUUCCGAAAUCGCUGGGUAAAGACUGUCCACCCAGUUGUGCAUCAGUACUGUUUGAUCUCAAGCGCACAUUCCACCUUUCAGAUGCCACAGAAAGAAGAUAUUCUUAAACAUCGAGUGGUGGUGGUUACAUUGAAUACUUCCCAGUACCUCUGUCAGUUGGACCUUGAACCUGGGUUUUUUACGCACAUUCUGCUAGAUGAAGCUGCCCAGGCCAUGGAGUGUGAAACCAUCAUGCCUCUAGCAUUAGCAACUAAAAGUACCCGGAUUGUUUUGGCUGGUGAUCACAUGCAGCUCAGUCCUUUUGUUUACAGCGAAUUUGCCAGGGAAAGAAACCUUCAUGUUUCAUUACUUGAUCGACUCUAUGAGCAUUACCCUGCAGAGUUUCCAUGUAGGAUCCUCCUGUGUGAGAACUACCGGUCCCAUGAAGCUAUCAUCAAUUAUACCUCUGAGCUUUUCUAUGAGGGUAAACUGAUGGCCAGUGGAAAGCAACCAGCACACAAGGAUUUCUACCCACUAACAUUUUUUACAGCCCGAGGGGAAGAUGUGCAAGAAAAAAAUAGCACAGCAUAUUAUAACAAUGCAGAGGUAUUUGAAGUGGUGGAACGUGUAGAAGAGUUAAGAAGGAAGUGGCCAGUAGCGUGGGGAAAGUUGGAUGAUGGCAGUAUUGGUGUGGUGACUCCAUAUGCUGAUCAAGUGUUCAGGAUACGUGCUGAACUUCGAAAAAAGAGAUUAUCUGAUGUUAAUGUGGAAAGGGUGCUAAAUGUUCAAGGAAAGCAAUUCAGAGUUUUGUUUCUUAGCACAGUACGGACAAGACAUACUUGUAAGCAUAAACAGACACCAAUUAAAAAGAAAGAGCAACUUCUGGAAGAUUCCACAGAAGACUUAGAUUAUGGUUUUUUAUCUAACUACAAGCUUCUCAACACUGCCAUCACAAGAGCGCAGUCCCUGGUUGCUGUGGUGGGUGAUCCCAUUGCUCUGUGUUCUAUUGGAAGAUGCAGGAAGUUUUGGGAGCGGUUUAUUGCCCUGUGUCAUGAAAAUAACAGUCUACAUGGGAUCACAUUUGAACAGAUCAAGGCUCAGUUAGAAGCUUUAGAACUAAAGAAGACAUAUGUGUUGAAUCCGUUGGCUCCUGAAUUUAUUCCCCGGGCACUAAGACUGCAGAAUUCAGGAAAUAGCAACAAGCAGCAGCAAUCACCACCCAAGGGAAAAAGCCUCCAUCAUACUCAGAAUGAUCAUUUCCAAAAUGAUGGAAUUGUUCCUCCCAAUCCUUCUGUACUGAUUGGCAAUCCUAUUAGAGCAUAUACUCCUCCACCUCCUCUUGGACCUCACCCAAAUUUGGGGAAAUCUCCAAGCCCUGUUCAAAGAAUAGAUCCUCACACUGGGACAAGUAUUCUUUAUGUACCUGCUGUCUAUGGAGGGAACGUAGUUAUGUCGGUGCCUUUGCCUGUACCAUGGACAGGAUACCAGGGUAGGUUUGCAGUUGAUCCUCGAAUUAUUACACAUCAAGCAGCAAUGGCCUACAAUAUGAACCUAUUACAUACACAUGGACGGGGAUCUCCUAUACCUUAUGGCCUUGGACAUCAUCCACCUGUCAGCAUAGGGCAGCCACAGAAUCAGCAUCUGGAGAAGGAUCAACAUGAACAAAAUAGAAAUGGUAAAAAUGAUACAAAUAAUGCUGGACCUGAAAUUAAUAAGAUUCGAACACCAGAGAAAAAGCCUGCAGAACCGAAACAGGUUGAUUUGGAAUCAAAUCCGCAGAACAGAAGUCCCGAAUCACGUCCUGGUGUUGUUUAUCCCAAUACCAAAUUUCCUCGCAAAGAUAAUCUCAACCCAAGACACAUAAAUCUUCCUCUUCCUGCUCCACAUGCACAGUAUGCAAUCCCUAAUCGACAUUUUCAUCCCCUUCCCCAGCUACCAAGACCACCAUUUCCAAUUCCGCAGCAGCACACCUUGUUAAAUCAACAGCAGAAUAAUUUGCCUGAACAACCAAAUCAAAUUCCACCCCAACCAAAUCAGGUGGUCCAGCAGCAAAGUCAGUUGACUCCGCAGGCCCAGCAGCCACCUCCUCAGCUUUCUCCUGCAUAUCAGCCAACACCCAACAGUGCUUUUUUUAAUAACGCAGUUUCUCAUCGACCACAGUCUCCCCCUGCAGAGGCUGUGAUUUCUGAGCAGCAGCCCCCUCCCAUGCUGCAGGAAGGCCACAGUCCUCUGAGAGCCAUUGCACAGCCCGGCCCCGUCCUUCCUUCACAUCUAAAUAACUUCAUUGAUGAGAACCCCCCGGGAUUACAUAUAGGAGAGGCUUUAGAUCGCAUACAUGGGAGUGUAGCUCUGGAAACAUUAAGGCAGCAGCAGGCACGGCUACAACAGUGGAAUGAACACCACGCUUACCUGAGUCAGGGUGGCAUUGCAUACCCACACCACCACCAUCCUCACCUCCAGCACCUUCCACAGCCACCCAUCGGACUCCAUCAGCCGCCAGUGAGGGCAGACUGGAAGCUAACCAGCAGUGCCGAAGAUGAAGCAGAAACUACAUUCUCCAGGUUUCAAGACUUAAUCAGAGAGCUGUCUCAUCGUGAUCAAAGUGAAACUCGAGAACUAGCUGAAAUGCCACCACCUCAAUCAAGACUUUUGCAAUAUAGACAAGUUCAGGCUAGAAGUCCACCAGCAGUCCCGUCUCCCCCAUCCAGUACAGACCACAGUAGCCACUUUUCUAACUUUAAUGACAACAGCAGAGACAUUGAAGUAGCCAACAACCCAGCAUUUCCACAGCGCCUUCCUCCCCAGAUAUUCAGCUCACCCUUUUCAUUGCCAUCUGAACACCUUGCCCCUCCUCCUUUGAAAUACCUGGCACCUGAUGGAGCAUGGACUUUUGCUAAUUUGCAACAGAAUCACUUAAUAGGGCCAGGCUUUCCCUACGGCCUACCUCCAUUGCCUCAUAGGCCACCGCAGAACCCUUUUGUACAAAUACAGAAUCAUCAACAUGCUGUCGGUCAAGAGCCAUUUCACCCAUUGUCAUCUCGAACAGUAUCUUCUUCUUCGCUCCCGAGCUUAGAAGAGUAUGAGCCCAGAGGACCUGGUCGGCCCUUGUACCAAAGAAGAAUCUCAUCUAGCUCAGUCCAGCCUUGUUCUGAAGAAGUAAGUGCUCCCCCAGACAGCCUGGCGCCGUGUAAAGAGCUUCAGGACCACGGUGACCCACCUUCUUUCAGCUUCUCAGCCUCAGAGUCCUGGGCGAACACCACCUCAUCGGCCCCCUACCAGAACAUUCCGUGCAAUGGAUCCAGCAGGACAACUCAGCCCAGAGAGUUGAUAGCUCCACCCAAGACUGUCAAACCCCCUGAGGAUCAACUGAAGUCUGAAAACCUCGAGGUGUCCAGUUCCUUCAACUAUAACAUGCUGCAGCAUCUCGGGCAGUUCCCACCCCUCAUGCCCAACAAGCAGAUCGCAGAGUCGGCCAACAGCAGCAGCCAGCAGAGUCCGGCAGGCAACAAGCCAGCCAUGUCCUACGCCAGCGCACUGCGGGCACCCCCCAAGCCCAGGCCCCCACCUGAGCAGGCCAAGAAGAGCAGUGACCCCCUGUCUCUGUUCCAGGAACUCAGCUUGGGGAGCUCCUCCGGCAGCAAUGGCUUUUACUCCUAUUUUAAAUAAUCACUUUUUUUUUCCUCAAGGGAGAAUGUUUUAAUUUCUGUUUGUAUGAAUAGAAUUAAGGUAGUUGGACUUCACCUAUAGAUGCACAGUUUCCUUUGUUUUAAUAUUAAAUAUGUUCUCACUUAAUUGCUUUGCUGCUAGACUUGCAACUAAUUUUUUAAAAGUAUAUUCCAUUAUUUUGCAUUUUUGAUGUGAGUCAGAAUUUUGACAGCUUUUAUGUAGAAUAAAAGAUAUUUUUGAAUUUGUGUAUUGUUACAUAUGUUUGCAUCAAGCUAGCAGCUAAGAGGUUAAUUGUGCAACUAUAAAAAAAAAAGAAAAAAAAGUUUGUCUAAAAUGUAUUUAAAAAGAAAAAAAAUUGUAAGUAGCAUUUACAUUUAUUCAAUAAUAUUACCAUAUGCUGGGUUUCUGUACCAGAAAUGGCCAGUUGAUGUACAAAUGUAUGUUAUUUUUGCUCAAAUUCAUUUAAAAUUUUUUUAAUAAAGGGGCAGCAUCUUCUAAAUACUUUUAAGUUUUAUCAGCUUUUUUUUUUUUUUUUUUUGUGACAGGAUGCUGCAUUCUGAAACUUUUAUAGUUUUAGACUCUGUGAUAUGCUGUUGUAAUCUCCAUCCACCGUAGGAGAGAAUUAAAGGCAUUCUUUGCAGGUGUAUUUUGUGUGCCACUGUUUUUUGAAAUGUGAAAAACAUUGGCAUACUUAGUUAUUUUUUUGGACAAGCUACACUUCAAGCUUGUUUUUAAUGUUAAUUUGAUAGUGUGUUUUUUUUUUUAAACAAAUCAUGAAGCUGAAAAAUUUUUAGGAUUGUUGGUGCUUAGUAGACUUGAUAACUAUUUUAAAAAUGCGUGAAUUUAGUAAAACCCUUUUUUUCUCACUAUGCAUGUGUAAAUGUUUGUAACCUGGCUUCCCCCAACUCCAGUGGUAUAAAGAAUUGUGCCGCUUAAAGAUUUGGGUUUUUUUUUCCCUCCAGUAAAAAUUUUGGUACCUUAUUUGAUGUUUACAUUAAAAUGUGACAUUAUACAUGGCGAUUCAAAUAUUUUGCUAGUUGUUUUGUUUGAGGAACAUCAUUAAAGAAAAAGUAUAAUGUUUGUCAAAAACUGAUCAAAAUUCAUCAGAAUUUGGGGCAGAAACUACUCUUGUUUUUAUGUAUUUCAAUUCUUCUAAAAAAUCCCUAUUGAACUUAUAAAAAACUAUAAAAUUUGAAUAACUAUCUUAAA